GGCGGAGGCGCUGGGGCGCAGGGCUCCGGGUGCAGGGCGCGGAGUGCUGGGGUGCAGGGGCGCCGCAGGGAGCGCGCGGGGGGCAGACCGCCGAGUCCAGCCGGAGGAGCGCGCGGCGCUCAGCAUGGGCUGCGGGACUUCCCAGCCUGAUGGGGAGCAGAGAUGUGUCCGCGCGCCCAGGAAGGGCUGGGAAGAGGGAUUCAAGGCUGAAGUCGGUGUGACUCAUUCUGGGGAGGACUGCAGGCUGCAGAUUGAAGCUGCCCUCAUCAAGAACGGUGUGGGGAGCCCUGAAGGCCUGGAAAAACAAGUCCAGUUGGAAAGCUUACCUGGCAUCAUUCCAGAAAGUUCCCCAUCUCCUAACAGAAGAAAUGGAAGAAUAAAUUCAGACCUAGUGAGCGGUGGGAUAAUCUAUAAACUGCAACCCCUAGAGAAUCGAGAACGACAAAAGUCAUCAGACAUCCUGGAGGAAUUAAUUGUUCAAGGAAUAAUACAAAGCCACAGUAAAGUAUCUAGAAAUGGAGAAUCAUAUGAUAUCAUGGUGAACACGACUGAGAAGCCUCUAAGAAAGCCACCAACCAGGCUGAAAAAACUUAAGAUCAAAAAAGAAGUAAAAGAUUUCACAGUGAAGGACCUAGAGGAGAAGAUGCAGGCGGUGGAGGAACGCAGGAAGAUUAAAGAAGAAGAAAUAAGAAAAAGGCUAAGGAGUGACCGACUUUUACCCGCUGCCAAUCAUUCAGAGUCAGCUGAACUGAGUGGGGCUGAGGUUUCCUUUGCCAAAGGACUUAAUCCUGUGAGUUCUGCUGUGUGUGAACUGUCUGACCUGCAGGGAGGAAAGCCAUUGAAAAGGAAGAAGAGUAAAAGCGAUGUGACCUCCAAUGAUAGAAACUACAGUUAUGAAGGUAUUGGGGUCGUGGAGUCAGACAUGUCUUACAACCAAGCAGAUGACAUAUUCUAGUAAUUUAUUUUAUGUGAAUUUCGUGAAAAGGCAGCCAUUCCCCCAGUCAUGACAUUCUUAGUAUGUCUCAUGUUUUUCUUUGACUGCCUGACCUCAUGGGCUGGAGGUUUGUGAGUAAAUUAAAUGAUUAAUAGCUAUGCUAGCUUUUAAAAAAAGGAAGAUUUAACUACCUUUGAUAUUAUCAAGCUGGCAUCCUCUUUCAUUGUGGCUUCAAACAUUGUAAAGAUGUCUUUAAUUUAUGAGUACCUCCCAGCUUACAUUAAUGUGUUUGUGCCAAAUGAAACCCUUCCUUUUUGCUCCUGCCGCUUGGCUAUGUCCACCCUCUUAGUAUCUUCUAAGGCAAAUUGCAUGGAUCUGUAUUAUUUUAAUGAUCUGUAUGCUUCAUAUGCUGUAUAUUUAGAUUUUUUUAAAAUUUUCUUUCUUUUGUGAAGAAGUAAAGCAAUAUCUUGAAGUUGGUUGAAUUACAGUUUCAUUCGGAUAGCUUAAGGAAGCAAUAUCUAAUUCUCAGAACUAAGUAUGGUUUCCUUCAUAUAAAAGAAGAAAAACUUCAAUUGAGUCUAGGGGUGGGAGGAGACCCAGAGAGGAGGAUCGCGGAAAGGAGGCCCUGAUGGGAGUGCCGUGCUUCCCUGAGGGCACCCCACACUAAAGAGUUUGGCGGCCCUCAUCCUAUUGGAAUUAUGCUUUGGUUCUUCCCUCUCCCUUACCACCCAUACCAAUCAGUCAUCAGUUCUAUGAAUCUAUACUCUGAAGAUCUCCUGCAUCCAUUUCAUACUUUUCCCGUCAUUACAUAGUCUAGAUCACCCUACCAUCAUUCAACUGGGUUACUCCAGCAGUUUCCUUAAUAUUUAUACAACAGUCCUCUGCUUAAAAUCGUUUGUCAGCCCCUUGUAUUGUCAAGAUAAAGUCCAGACUCCUUUUUGUGACUGGUAAGGAUCUCAGCUUUCACAAGUUACGCAUACUGAACUUCCAGUUCCUUAAACUCAGCUCACUCUCCCUAGCCUCUGGGUCUUUGCACAUGCUGUUCCUUCUGUCCCCUCUCCCCUACUUGCCAUUUUAGUUGACUAAUGCCUUCUUGUUGUUUAUGUCUCCACUCAGAGCACUUCCUCCAAACAUCCAGGUUUGUGCCCCUCUUUCAUAGUUGCCCGUGGGCACCCUGGGCUACUCAUCUUUGCACUUAACCACCCUGUGAAAUUUCCUGAUAUGUUGUUAUCUUUACCAAGAGAUAUUUCAGUUCUAACAGAGCAGGAAAUGAGUCUGUCUUGUUUAUGAUGUGUUUUUUGUACCUUGGAAAGUGCAUGGCACAUAAGUGCUAUGUAAAGCAUUUCUUUAAUGGAUGAAUCAAUGUACCCAUAUAUCUUCUGGAAGCGGGAGGACAGCCCCAAGAGAUGGCUUGUUUGCCUGGCAACCAGUGGCUUGGGGGAGUGCCUAUUUGAUUUGAGGACCCUUCUGCACCUCCUGUUUGUACAUUCCCUUUGGGUUGUUGCAAACGGAUGACUCGGGUUCUUAUAGCCUGUAGGACCAACUCCUGCAGCCAGUAAGGUAGGAUGGUGGUGGUGGAGGAGGAGGGACUUCUUUCAGAACUCAUUCCAGAACUAAAGCCUUUUAAGAACCAGAGUUGACUUCUAACAGUGUGACCUGGAAAGUCCUGUAGGCUCUCUGUGUCUCCAUUACCUGGUAUGUUAAUUUGGGAUACCCACCUUCAUGGAGUUGUACCAAACCAAAUAGUGUGUUUAAAAGUACUGUGAAAACUAGACCAUGCCAUAAUGUGUAUAGAAUAUGAUUUAUAUAAAAUCUCACGUGCGCGACAUGAUGUUUUUCAUCAGUCCCGAGGUUUCACUGUGGAGAUUAUUUCACGGUGGUAUGUGCUAAUCUCAUAAAAUAUUAGAGCAGGUCAAAUGAUUGUACUAGGACAUUUAGGAAAAGAUUUGGGUAUCAUUCAGAUUUCUGCAAAUAAUAACAUUCAAAUGACCAAAAAAUACAUUAAAUGCAAAUUUAUAAUUAUUGUAAAUUAAAUUCCUGAACUAGAUAAAUACCCAAUUAAUACUUUCUCUUGACAUCUUGCCUAUUUAUUACUUAUAGUGUCUUGAUUGACAUGUUUGUUGAGUUAAAAUAUAGAUGUGAACAGUAUCAUUGACACCCUGGCUUGAAAACCUCUGUACGUGUAGAAUUAAACAUGCUAAGGAGUAACACACUCAUAACGACAGCUGUGUGUUUUCUUAGUGAGACCCUCCACUUCAACAGGAUGGCAAGAGAGACAGACAUGUAGAACACCUGGAUACUGGGAACUGCUGUAAAGCUCUAAGUAUAUUACUACUCACAAAUCCAUCUGAGGGUUGGGGACGAAGAGACAGAGGCUCAGAGAUGCUAAGCACUUCCCACGGUCACAGAGCACUAGCAUUAAUGGGAGGAAGCCUGUGUCUGAACCAGCUCUGCCUCCAACGAGCUACCAACCCCAACCCCGCAACAUUAAAAGAAUCCCAAAAAACUUCAAAUGUAAAUGUGACUUUUUUCAUGAUCAUCUUUCUUUCUUCCUUUCUUUUCUUUUCUUUUUUUGAG